AAUCAUUUUUUCAAAUUUAAGGGGUGUCCUUCACUAUCAAUUAUAUUUUUUUUUUGUCCAUACGUAAAUUACCACCUGGGGUUGGAUAAUCGUUUUCCCAAAAUUUAGGGGUGUCCGGGGACACCCUUAAACCCUCCUGGGUCCGCCCCUGGGUAAGCUACCAAUGUAAUAUUGGUAAUUUCCACUUCUUCCUUUCCUUUUCCUUUUUAAGUUGGAGUAGCUAGUUUCCAGGGGUUGAUGGUGGAUCUUAUAAUAGGUUGCUUUAGUUCUGACCACUGGCUGAAAAAUAUGAUAUGUCCCACCGGAUUAGAACCAGAGUAUAUAUUCAGAAGGGGGCAAUUAACUAACAUCAUUACAGGGAGCUAGAUGUCUGGACUCUGAAAAGAGACUGUCAAGCUAGAGCUGGAUAGAUUUAAGUUAAUUGUCAUGGUGGUUAGGAGAAUGUACUAGUUGCACAGGGCUACAUGAUGAGGAUCAUAUGUCAUCGACCUGGAUUUGGCUAGACUGCCUGUCUGGUAUGAACAUCAGAUGUUGAAUAAUUGAUUAUGUAAAACAAUUGAUAGAAAUAAAACGUUUCAAAAAUCCAAACCAAUUUGUUUGCAAAUUGCAACUGCAAUGUCCAUGUAGACUGUAGAGUUUGUGAAUCUGUUGCCUGAAACUCCUACCAUAUUGAUAUUUCAAUGCUCCUCUAUAAUCAAAUUUGGCCGAAGUCAAUAAAUCAUAAGUAGUUCAUCUCGGUGGAGCCAUGGGAUACAAGUACAUUCUAGAGGAUAUAUACACCUUGUUAUUUGGAUUAUGUAAUCACCAUUCCACCCGUCCAAAUAAAAGGGUUCAUCACCAUAAUAUGUUUGAUAUUUUUUAUUAUCUUAUUUUUGAGUUUUGGAUUGAUUGUCUCAUGGUUGGAUUCCCCUGCCAGAUGAAACUCAACUGCAACUCACAGUGUUAAGUUGUAGCAUGCAGUUCUAUUAUGCGUCUAGAAUUACUUCUGAUACAGUGAUUCCUUUCAUCCACCUGGUUUGCAGUUUGGACUUGCUGGCACUAAUGCUCAGAGGCAUGCAUCUCAAAUUCUGAAUGAUCAAAGUAAAUACCUAUGCUGUUCAUAUUUAUCCAUAUUUUCUCUGGAAUAUUAAGUACAGUGGUUUUUAGUUUGAAAUAACUAUUGGACGUGGUACUGUUAGGUCCAACUUAGUACUAACUGGUAUGGUAAGUUCUGCAAUGUGUGGGAUAUCUUAAUCAAUGCACUCCUACCUUCGCCCCUCAACGAGGAAUGUUACAUUUGAUUCUCUUGCAUUUGAUUGUUGAGCUAGGAUUCUUAAAUGUCUGAAUUUCCUUGUAGUGUACAAUAUAGGUGUUUCAAAUCCCGGUAGCAUGAUGCCCAUACAGCCACAGCAGCAGCAGCAACAGCAACAGCAGCAGCAACAACAGCAGCAACAGCUUGGUUCACAAGGAGCUUUCGGUAAUAUGGCACCUACUGCUCAGAAUUUACAGCCUAAUAUGGUAGGUCUUCAAAAUGUCACUCAGAAUCACUCCAAUUUCACCCAACGACAGCAAAAUCAGCAGCAGUAGGUAUGAAAUGCCAAAUCUACCUGUUUCGCAACUUCAAUAGUGUUAGUAAUGUACAGAGUUCAUUGUCGGCAAAAGACUUAACCUAGUGAGAGUUGGUUAACCAGUGGAACUGACAAUUCAGUCUACAUGAUUCAUUCCAGGAUUAGUGGUGGCUAUGGUGCGCAAGAGUUGCAGUUUAGAAGAGGUCUUUCCAGGAACAGAGUUGAGGUUCAGUAUGUCUUUUGAGUCCUGACUUGGUUAGAACUUGAGCAAGAUUUUAUUGUGGGGAUGCGUGAAGAAUUGCCUGGCAUGUCAGAUAUGAAUAUUUUGCUUGUGGCUCUUGACGACGGAUUCAGGAACCAUGAAAAGCACCUGCAACAGCUCUCUAUAACCCACUCAAGCCUGCAUUGCACAACCAGAGAAACAUCAAUAGCCCCAGUUAAAUGACAGCCUUCCUCUUUUGGAAAAGAAGAAAAGAAAAGUGACAGUAAGAUUCUAUUGCCGUUGAAUGUUUGAUUUGAUAUGCCAUAAAGAACUUGACAGGGGAAAUGAAAGUUUUAAUGAAAUUUCUGACUUGGUGAGAGAGUUCAUUAUCAGUUUUGCCUCUUAUAUACCUGUUAUACAUAUAUUUCUUUGAUGAGAGAGAGAGAGAGAGAGAGAGAGAGAGAGAGAGAUAGAGAGAGAGAGAGAGAGAGGAAACAGAGCAAUUAUUAGCAACUGGAAAAAUGGCUCACAAGUCCUUGAGGCAUGAACUGCUGGAUUCUGGCUCCCGAUUGUCUCUCUCCGGCCGAUCCAAGGAGAAUGCUGAUGGAGUUCGUUGUGCAGACUUUCCCAGCGGCAUGAAAGGAAGGUCAUCGGCGGAAGUGUGGCUGGAAGGGGACACUGAAAAUGGUGGGGAUAUGGAAGGAGAUGGGGUAAAGGUGUACCUUUGAUUGCCCGGUCCGAUGCUAAUAGGAAGAGGUGAUGGAGGGGUUGGUGGUGAGGAAGAUGGAGAGACUGAACUGUUGCUCUUCAUCGCAGCACUCCUCCAUUGCAAAGAGGAGACAGUCGGUCUACUUUAGCUGGAAAAAGAGAACAAAAAGAGUGAUGGUUAGUUAGGGGAAGGUUUGGAAGUGUAGGUAGAAAACUUCGAAACCUAAUGGUCUCGGCCGAUGUGUAUGCAUUUGCCACCCUCCUUUUGGCUGUGGAGUUGGUUGAAUUCGUUUUUUUCUCUUCUAUUUGUGUACUAUGGUUGAGUGCGUCCAUUUUUCCUACAGUCCAUGUAGUUUACGUGUGAUAUUUAGUUCGGUUAUAACUGAUAAUUUGAUUAUUUGGUUGUCUGAUGGAAAUUCUGAUCUAAGGCGUUUUCGGUCGGUUGUGAAAUUAGGAAUUGGAUUGGAUAAUAGGAAUUUUGAGACUGAAAGAUAAAUUUAGGGAUCAGAAUAAGAAAUAGGAGUCAAGGGA